CGUGUCAACUUCAUUAUACGCGUUGCAGAGUUGAUCGCCAACUCGAACUUAGUGGCAUUUAUUAUUUCCGUAAGGCCUGACUUUUACAUUGCAUUGUAGUCGACAUAAAACUAGAUUCCUAGAUUAUUGUGAAAAGUUUUAUUAUUCACUAGUUUAAACUUCAAAAUGCCAGCCGCACCAAGUUCUACAUCGGUGGGAUCAGGAAGUCGUUCUCCGAGCAAGGCAAGCGCAGCUCCUCGAUCUUCCAGUGGUGGUACUGUGAGGCAACGUAAGUCCACUACAACCACUACAGCGGCCCGAAAUCGUACCACUGGCGCUGGAUCCGGUGGAAUGUGGCGUUUCUACACUGAUGAUUCUCCCGGCGUCAAAGUGGGUCCAGUUCCAGUAUUGGUUAUGUCUCUGUUGUUCAUUGCAUCUGUAUUUAUGUUGCAUAUUUGGGGAAAAUACACAAGAGCUUAAAUAAGCUGUGUUGAGUUUAUGUAAUAAACAAUUAAUUAUAAUUCUAUAAUAAGAGAGUGAAAGAAUAUGUUAUGAGAAGUGCUUUUAUUAUACAUGAAAGUAUCUAGUUUUAAAUUUGAAUAAAUUAUUUUGUUCUUUAUUAUAAAUUUUAAGUAUUUCAAUU